AUGGCGCCACCAAUGCGAGCGAUAUCCAGCGUCCGCGGGCUAUUCUGCCUGGCCCUCCUAGCCGUUUCCACGACUGGACGAUCCGUCGCGAGACUGAGUACUCGCGCCUGUGCUUCAGCAAAUGCAGCGGGUGGUCGCGAGCGCAUCAGCAUCAACGAUGGCUGGCGCUUCUCGCGUUUCACAGAGAACCCUGAUGGACUCUCCUACGAGGACAACCUGAAGGAAUGGAUCCUACCGCAAGGCAAUGACUUCAUCGUCAACGGCACGAAGCACACGCGCCCUUCAGGGACGGCACCCGGCGCGGACGUCGAGUACGUGCAGGCGUUCUUUGAUGACAGUGCGUGGGAGAAGGUCAAUCUGCCGCAUGACUGGGCUAUCAAAGGACCCUUUGGUGCUCCGAAUAUCAGCACCAGCGAAGGGUCGCUGCCGGUAAAUGGCGUCGGGUGGUACAGACGGAAUCUGUCGGAGGCAGAGACGGCCGCGGGGAAAAGCGUGUUCCUGGAUAUCGACGGGGCCAUGAGCUAUGCUGCUGUUUGGCUCAACGGCGAGCUCGUUGGUGGAUGGCCGUACGGAUACGCAUCAUUUCGCCUAGAUCUAACGCCUUACCUCAAAGGCUCCGACAACACGCUCGCAAUCCGGCUGGAUAACCCCUUGGACUCAUCGCGAUGGUAUCCCGGCGCGGGCAUCUACCGCAACGUGUGGCUCGUCACAGCCGACGAGACGCACGUGAGUCAGUACGGUACAUACGCAACGACGCCUGAGGUCACUUCCGAGUCCGCUACUGUCAACCUAGUAGUCUCAGUUGAGAACAAGGGCUCAUUAUCACGGCAAGUAGGCGUUGUGACCAAAGUCUACCCCUACGACGCUGCUCUGCGGGAACCUGGUUCCGAGGUGGUGGCCAGCUUCACAAAGCAGGUGAUCAACGUAGCAGCAGGCACGAAGCAGUCCGUCCGGGGUUCAGUCACGGUGACAGACCCCCUGCUUUGGGGUCCUGUGCCGUCGCAGACUCCGAAUCUGUACGUUGCGAUGACCACCUUGACGGGCAGCAACGGCACGGUUAUCGAUACAUACUCUACACGCUUUGGCAUUCGGUCUAUCGAGUACGUUGCGGAGCAGGGCCUCCUCGUCAACGGAGAACAUGUCUAUUUGCAGGGCACGUGUAAUCACCACGAUUUAGGAUCGCUGGGCGCGGCGUUCAACUACCGGGCUACGCACCGGCAGCUCGAGAUGCUGCAGGAGAUGGGCGUUAACGCACUACGCACCUCGCACAACCCUCCCGCACCUGAAUUCCUCGAAAUGGCCGACGAAAUGGGCUUCGUCGUCAUGGAUGAGCUCUUCGACGUCUGGCUCGAGCCCAAAGUGACCAACGACUACAACGUGCUCUUCGCCGACUGGCACGAGGCCGACCUGCGGUCGUUCCUCCGCCGCGACCGCAACCACGCCUCCGUCGUCGCCUGGAGUUUCGGCAACGAGAUCCCGGAGCAGAGCUCGGCGGAUGGGCGAACCCUUGCCCGGUCCCUGCAGGCCAUCAUCUUGUCCGAGGAGCCGACGCGUCAGACCUCGCUCGCGCUGAACAGCGCCAAGCCUGGGACGGGCCUGCCCGACACCGCCGACAUCAUCGGCCUGAACUACCAGGGCGAGGGCCAGGGCACCACCUUCGAGUCAGCGUUCCCGGCCUUCCACGCGCAAUACCCGGACAAGAUGAUCUGGAGCACGGAGACCUCGUCCGUGCUGAGCACGCGCGGGACUUACAUCUUCCCCGUCGUGGGCAACAGCUCCACAACGGUAGGCGUAGGUCCAUCGCCCGGCUGGGACGAGGCCGCGCUGACGGUGUCGGCCUACGAGCUCUACGCGCCAUCGUGGGGCUCGUCGCCCGACAAGGUGUUCGCGCAGCAGGACCGCUAUCCCUACGUGGCGGGCGAGUUCGUCUGGACGGGCUUCGACUACCUGGGCGAGCCGACGCCAUACGACACGGGCGCGCGCAGCUCGUACUUCGGCAUCAUCGACCUGGCGGGCUUCAAGAAGGACCGCUUCUACCUGUACCAGGCGCGCUGGCGCGCGAACCUGCCCAUGGCGCACCUGCUGCCGCACUGGAGCUUCGGCGCCGAGCGCAUGAACCGGACGACGCCCGUGCAUGUUUUCUCGUCCGGCGACGAGGCGGAGCUGUUUGUGAAUGGGGUCUCGAAGGGCAGGAAGGUCAAGGAAGAGUACGAGUACCGCUUCCGCUGGGACGACGUGGUCUACACGCCCGGCGAGAUAAAAGUGGUCGCGUACAAAGACGGCGCGGUCUGGGCCGAGGACAGCAAGCGCACCGUCGGCGCCGCCGCGCAGCUCAACGUUACGGUUGAUCGUGCGACCAUCGACGGUGACGGCAGGGAUCUCGCCUUCGUGACGGUGGCUGUUGUGGACGCAGACGGGGACGUGGUGCCCGAGGCCGCGAACGCGAUCACCUUUGCGCUGGAGGGGCCGGGUGAGAUUGUCAGCACGGAUAAUGGGGACCCGAGGGAUAUGACGCCGUUUCCGUCGCCGGAGCGGAAUGCGUUUAGUGGGUAUGCGCUGGCGAUAGUGCGCGCGGAUAGGGGCGCUGUGGGCGAGAUCACCUUGUCGGCUUCGGCGGAUGGGCUUGUGGGUGGGGAGGUGGUCGUGCAGGCUGCUUGA